GCAGGCCCCGCCCUCCCCGCCACGUCCGUGCCCCGCCUCACUAUGGCGUUCACGCUGUACGCGCUGCUGCAGGCCGGGCUGUUGGUGGUCAAUGCCAUCGCCGUGCUGCACGAGGAGCGCUUCCUUCGCCACGUUGGCUGGGGAAGCGAUCAAGGGAUUGGAGGAUUCGGAGAGGAACCGGGAAUCAAAGCACAGCUGACGAACCUCAUUCGAUCCAUACGGACCGUGAUGAGAGUGCCACUGAUAGCUGUGAACUCCGUGACAAUUGUGCUCCUCCUCUUGUUCGGUUGAAGAUUCCUGUUGGCAAAAUCUUUUGGACAUCCAAAGAAGCGAAUUGCUAGCCUCAUUGCUCUGAGUUUUCCGGGGAUACAGCACGGUUUAACUGUCAGUUUGCCGUUCAACUUAAAAUAAUAAAAGACACUGUUUGUAUUUAUCCUA